UUGACAGUUUGUUAAUUUCAUAUCAGAAAAAUCGAUUCGUUCAUUUGACGUUUUGUUGAAUUUCGACUGAAGUAUCAGUCAAAUUCGUCGAUAAUAUUCUAUUAUUAUAAAAUAUAAACGAAAAUGUCUCUAGUAAAAAUAUUUUCAAUAUCAACGCGAGCUCGUACCUCUGGUACGACUGGCAUGCUUAUCCGCCAUGCCAGCUCAUCCCAAGGCAAGGUAGAAAAAGUGUACCCACCAAAUAGUCCCGGUUACAAGUAUGUAAAUGCUGAAAAUCCAGCGGAGACAUUCAAAGAAAUGUCAGAUAGGGCAGCUCAAACAAUGUUCUGGACAGAGCUUGCUAGAGGUUUUGCUGUUACCCUAGCUCAUGUUUUUAAGGAACCAGCAACUAUCAAUUAUCCAUUUGAAAAAGGUCCUCUGUCACCGAGGUUUAGAGGAGAGCAUGCAUUACGUCGUUAUCCCUCUGGUGAAGAGAGGUGCAUUGCUUGCAAACUGUGUGAAGCAAUCUGUCCUGCACAGGCUAUCACAAUAGAGGCAGAAGAGCGCAAAGAUGGCUCCCGACGAACCACACGGUACGAUAUUGACAUGACAAAGUGCAUCUACUGCGGCUUCUGUCAGGAGGCCUGUCCAGUCGACGCCAUUGUAGAGGGUCCUAACUUUGAAUUUUCAACAGAAACACACGAAGAACUACUCUAUAAUAAAGAAAAACUGCUGUCAAACGGUGAUAAAUGGGAAAGCGAAAUAGCGUCUAACAUUAGAGCAGAUCAUUUGUAUCGUUAAAAAAAACUAUUUAUUUCAUUAGUUUAAUGUAAUUUUAAGACCUAUUUUGGGGGCAACGGGGUCGUAUUUAAAUUAUGAAAAUAGAUUGGUGUAAGUUGCAGUAUUGUGUACAGUGAUAGUUUCUUCAAAAUAAGUCUUAAAUCUAGGAAAAAAAAAAAACAAUUGUUUUUAUAGAUAAAUAAAUCAUUAUCAUCUCAAUUUA